AUGGCCAUGUUAUCACUAUCAGAUGUCGAGCAGCAUGCAUCAAAGAAAAGCUGUUGGGUCAUAAUUGACAAUGUUGUUUAUGAUGUGACGGACUUUUUAGCGUCUCACCCUGGAGGCUCCGGCAUUAUACUGAGAUAUGCUGGCAAAGAUGCGACGGAGGCUUUUGCGCAAAUCCAUCCUAGCGAUACAAUAGAAAAGUAUCUUAAACCUGAGCAGCGGGUAGGAUCAGUCUUAGGCUCAAGCGACUCAACCUCCCCUAAACCUGCAGCUCAGCUGGAAGCAAAACGGAAAGUCAAACUUUCAGGUAUCAUUAGCAUUUCAGACUUUGAGAAGGCGGCCAGAUCAGCACUUCCUUCAAGAGCUUUUGCUUUCCUCGUGACCGGUGCCGAGGAUCAAUUAGCGUUGUCGUGGAAUCGCAUGAGCUGGAAGUAUGCGCGAUUCCGGCCAAGAGUGCUGAAACCGAUAGAGCAUGUCGACACGAGUUGCACGAUCCUGGGCAACAAGUUCUCUAUUCCCUUCUUCAUUUGUCCCGCGGGCGGCGCCAAGCUUGCCAAUCCGGCGGGAGAAACAUUGAUGACAAGGGCAGCCGCAAAGCAUGGAGCUUUGCACUGGGUCUGCAACGGCGCUGGUUGCACGCCGCGAGAGAUUGUGGCGGCGGGUACCACUGGGCAGACACUGUACUGGCAGAUUUACCCCAAGUCCGACUUGAGCAUAUCGGAGCAAGAAGUUCGCAACGCCGUUGCUCUAGGAUACAAGGGCUUUGCCUUGACAGUCGAUGCAAUAUGCGCAGGCAAAAGGGAGUAUGAUAUGAGAGUUGCCAUUGAAGAAGAACAAGAAGUAGAAGAGGACGAUGAUCAACUCGAAAAUCACGAACGAGAACCUACAGUCAAGAGGCCACCAGUAUGGACCAAAUUUGACUGGGUAUCCGCCGUUCGAUGGCUCAGAGGUAUCACCGAUCUCCCAAUUGCCAUCAAAGGCAUACAAUGCUGGGAAGACGCCGAACUGUGCAUGCAGUUUGGCGUCCAUCCUUGGCUGUCGAAUCACGGCGGGCGGCAACUAGACGGAGCACCAUCGGCCAUCGAGACGCUGGUCGAGAUGCGCAAAAACUGCCCCAAGGUGUUUGAAAAGUGCGACGUUAUCGUAGACGGCGGCAUCGAGAGGGGCGCGGAUGUUGUCAAGGCUUUGGCUCUGGGCGCAAAGGGUGUCGGUCUUGGUCGCGCGUUCCUCUAUGCGCUCGUUUUUGGUGAAGCUGGGGUCAGCAAGGCAAUCCGGAUUCUACAGCACGAGAUGGAGGUGACCAUGUCCCUUCUUGGGGUGCAAAGCCUGAGUGAUCUCAAUCCCUCACUUGUUGACACUUCAGGACUCUUGUAUGCAGCGCCAUUGCACCUAGCAAAGCUUUAG